AUGGAGUCGGCCUUGAUGCCGGAUCUACCCCCGGCUCCUAUAGACGACGAGAAAGACGAUCCGACCUGGGAAGCCGACGGGAUACACUGGUCAAGCAGCUCUGAUGACGAGGAGGAGUCUCUGGCGGGAAUGAGCCAUAUUUCUCCCCUUAGUGACAGCGGUCCAGGAGCAAGCGCAACUCUGGGGAAAAGUGAGCUGGCGAACGGGUCACAGGUCGUGAUAUCCAACAACGUCACCGACCGCCAGAAAAGCCACGACGCGCCCAGGAUUGCAGCCGACGGGCAGUUGAAAGAUGAGCCUCUUGGUCCCCGCCGGGGGGGGAGUUUCGACUCUGAUAGCUCCCUAGCGUCCAUUCCUGCCGCCAUCCGGCUCAAGGAAACACCUGUUCCGCUGCCUUCUACAGUUGCAGCACCUGGUUUAUUGCCGACACCUGUUUCUAGUCAACUAGGGCGACCGAGUCUUCCAUACACUACAUCUCUUGUCCCACCUCCCGCGCGUCCCGUGCCUCCCGCGCCUCCUGCACGUCCAGCUUCAGGUCCUCCCUCCAUAAGUACGCCUGUUCCACUUCCGCCGACUACAAGCCAAAGCACUCCCGCGGUGCAGGUCAUUGAGAAGACGACGUGUAGCUCAGCUUCCGUCACUAAACGUCCGGACAUGAGAACGCCGGCGGCAGCUUCUGGUACACCGAGUACAAGACUGGAGCAAACACGCCAGUUUUUGACAGAGGAAAAAGCUCAACCUGCCACGUCACCUGGAGCAUUUGCUACGUCUAUGGAGCAGGCGGCCUGCGCCAGGCCGAUCGAACUUGCCACGGAUGGCAGGCAAUACACAAUCUAUUUUGAUCCAUAUACGAGAAAGGAGAUAGCAACAAGGGGAGUCUUGAUACCAGAGGGGUAUAAGUUACACACUGACCCCUUGUUUCCGUUCAUCUGCCCUGUUCGAGACUGUCGACGCAUCUUGAAGACCCUGUAUUCGAUAUCUGGACAUUGGCGAGCUAGUCACAACAACAUGAUGUUCAACGAUAAUAGAGAUGGAACCCUCUCGAAAAUCAAACCAUACAAAAACGCUUCGGGAUGCUCACCAGGCAUUGUUGUAUCACAGGUUUCAAUACCCAGUACGGCUCCCCCGCCCGCUGAACCUCGUCUUCCCGGUCACGAGGCCAGGGUGGCUAAACGCCAAUGGGACGAGCCAGAAAUACACCAGGAUAGUAAGCGACGUUUCAUGCCAGAAUUCCGUGGAGGUCCAUACAUGCGGUUCAUGAACCCUGUUGCGUAUAUGGCGGAAGUUCAUUUCGGUCGUAGGACCUCCACGCGGCCUGAUAUUGUAAAGAUGCUGAGGCUGCCUCGAAAAAGAGAUCUACCCAAGGAAUUUUUGGACAGACACGAAAGAGGAGAGCUCUCUCCACAAAUUUAUGCCUGCGCUGUUGCCUACAUUGUUGGGGACGAACUUUUCGGCUCGCGGGCUUGCCAUGCUGCCACAGGACCUCUCGCGCGUUUAUCGAAACAAUGCAUCGUGCUACCCAGCUCGAUACAAUCGGAACCGAGUAUAGCCAGGAUGUUCUCUCCCCACAACAGGGCAGCAGACAGCCGAACACGGGCGUCCUCGGCACGCUCAUUAGCCGAGAUGCCCGUCCCACGGCCAUCAGAAGAAGCGUCCCUGCGUCGACAGCAAUCUUCUCCCGCGCCACUCGUGCGAGAAAGCGAGCAUGCCCUGGCCGGCCGACGGGCCGUGAGGCAAAGUGUGCUUAACCGCCUCCACGUGGACAGGGACCUUGGGGAGCGGGUUCAAGCAGAAAGAAAAGCGCAAAGCGAGCAGUCUGAUGAUACGCAGCUGGAGCCUGCGACACGCAUCCAGCAGCAAGGACAAUUCGGCACACCAGACUAUGAGUUGGAAGCAUGGGAAAUCGCCCCUGGACGAGUGGCAAGCGAGGACUCAACCCGAAAUGUAGCGUACUCCGGCGCCUUCCUCACUUCUUCAACGCCCAUCACAAUAUCACCCGACGUUUGCUUCAACGUGCUCACCAUCCGGCCAGGUCAAACGUACAAGGUGCAGGUGCAAAAGGACAGAAUGCAAGUAUUCUCAGUGGCGUCGGGAAAAGUAAAGGUCAAGACGGGCGGCAAAGCGGUGCAGCUGGGCCCAAACGGGGCCUUCCCCGUCCGGCCAGGCGAGAAUUGUCUCAUUGAGAAUCGGAUAUACUUUGAGGCCGUGGUUCACUGCACGACGGUCAAGGACUAUGAGCUUGCAUAG